AUGACAUGUGACAGUGCUACACGAUACAUGAUUGAUGCUAUGCCAUAUCUAGGCAAAUGCACUCAAACCAAUGGCUUGCCACUCGGUGAAUUUUAUGUAAAAGAACUUACAAAAGCAGUUCAUGGCAGUAAUAGAAAUGUCACAUGUGAUAAUUGGUUCACAUCAGUUCCAUUAGCAAAAAACUUGCUAAGGCAGCCAUACAACUUGACCUUGGUUGGCACUAUUAGGUCAAACAAAAGGGAAAUACCUGACGAGCUGAAAAAGAUGCAAUCCAGGCGAGUAGGAACAUCGAUGUUCUGUUAUGAUGGGCCUUUGACAUUAGUAUCGUACAAACCAAAGCCGAGCAAAAUGGUGUUUGUUCUAUCAUCGUGUGAUGAAGAGGGCACUGUUCAUCCUACGACCGGCAAGCCAAAUAUGAUUCAUUUUUAUAAUGAAACAAAAGGGGGAGUCGACACUUUCGACCAAAUGUGCUCGACGAUGUCAUGCAGCCGCAAAACAAACAGGUGGCCCAUGGCUAUGUUUUAUGGGAUUUUGAAUAUGUCAUUUAUAAACUCAUACAUUGUUUACUGUGACAAUGUCCUAUCCAAGAAAGAAAAACCAUUGGGACGUAGAGAUUUCAUGAAGAAACUCAGCAAUACCUUGAUGACCCCAUGGAUGGAGACAAGGCAGCAAAUGCUUACUUUGCCGACGAAUAUAAAAGAAAAAAUUAGUGGCAUGUUGCCUAAAAGACAAGCCGAACCUUCAACACAACGUGAAGAUGUACCUGAGCCAAAGAAAAGAAAAUAUUGUGCCUUUUGUCCAUCAAAAAUUAGAAGGAUGACAAAGACAAUGUGCGACAGCUGCAAAAAUCCCAUUUGUGGAGAGCACAAGUCCAGCGCCUGUCCUAAGUGCCUUUGA